AUGGCGACUAAGACAACCCAGGAGAAGUCGCAAUUCCAGAAGCCCUCCUCUCUACGCUGGACGUGGGAGUCACCCGGUGGAGGGUACCGUAAUGAAAUAGACCACAUCAUCGUCAGUGAAAGGUUUUCCCGGACGGUUGUCGAUGUUGCCGAAAUUCUAUACGGAAUCACAGCAUCGCCUUUUUCGGGGGAGGUUUUCGUUCACCCGGAGCUCACUGAACAUCUUCGCGUCUGCACGAGGAAGGCUCAGAGUUCUGAAACCACCAAGAGAUGCCUGCCUCCGGAAACUCCAAAGCUAAUACGUCAGCGUGGAGCUGGACGAGCCACAGGCAACCACGAUCUCACGUUUUAA